AUGGCUCCACGGUCCAAAUGCUGAAGGCACAAGAAACUCCCCUCAUCAGUGGCUCCCGUGGUUGUGACCCCACCCACAGUUGUGACUCCUGUGCCUCUGACCCUCUCAAAACCUGGCCCUAGCAUUGAUACACUUGGCUUCUUCUCCUUGGAGAAUAAUGUUCCUGGCCUAUCCCAGCUGAUCCUUCAAAAGCUGAACAUGAAAAGCUAUGAAGAAUACAAGUUGGUGCUAGAUGGGGAUACUCCUGUAUCAGGCUUUGGAUAUCAAUGCCUUCAAGAAAUGUUCCAGAAGAUGGAGGACACAUUCCGAUUCUGUGCUCACUGUAAAGUACUCCCUAGUGGCCUUUCAAACUACAAGGUCCUCCGUCAUUCUCUCAGGUGCAGAAAUGUCUAUUACUGUGGUCCAGAGUGCCAGAGGUCAGACUGGCCAGCACACAGGAGGGUUUGUCAAGAGCUGCAUCUUGUAGCUGUGGACCGUCUCAUGGAAUGGCUUCUGGUCACAGGUGAUUUUGUCCUUCCCUCAGGACCUUGGUCUUGGCUGACUGAAGUCAUACAGGGCUGGGACACCUGGUUUUCUAUGUGACGUUUACAGCUAGAGGCUGCUCUGGAUGCUGUGCUUGGUAGUCAGGCCAUGACCACCCUGUGGGCCAGUGUAGGGUGGCCAAGGCCAGAUCCAGAUGUCCUGCAGGGCUCUUUGAAGCGGUUGCUGAUAGAUGCCCUGUCACGGCCCUUGACACUGGGCUUUGGGCUUCGGGCCUUGGGGAUAAAUGUUGGGAAGGUCUGGGGAAGCACAGUGCACGUGGUUGGUGCUUCUCAUGCAGAGACAUUCCUCACUCACCCUGGGGACUAUGAUGAACUUGGCUACAUGUUUCCUGGGCACCUUGGCCUCCAUGUAAUCAUGGUGGGUGUAGAUGUAGCUGCUGGCUUUUCACAGAGUGCUUCACCUUCACUCCUGGAACCUGGCACAGUUUAGCUUAGUGGCCAUAGGGGCCUCUAUCAUGACUUCUGGGAGGAGCAGGUAGAGUCUGAGCAGAUAGCCCAUCCAGAUUUGGUGGUGGCAUUCCAUCCAGGUUUCCAUGCUUCCCCGGACAUGAUGGAGGCUUGGCUGCCCACCCUCUUGCUACUUCGUGAUUAUGAGAUCCCUAUGAUGAUUACUGUUUACAGCCAGCAGGAGUUGGCAGCCUCUUUGUAGAUUCUGGUGGACCUGGAUACACACAUCACAGCCUAUGGAGCUAAUCCUUUUGCGUCCCUCAAACCUGAACAGGUCUACUCCAACCCCAACAAGCAGCUAGUAUACUGCAGUGCCUACUAUAUCAUGUUUCUUGGAAGCUCCUGCCAGCUGGAUAAGAGGCAAUUGGAAGAGAAAGUAAAUGGCAGGGUAUAAAUAGCUGAGCCAGAUCCUGACUGGAUGUCUAGAAAAUGCAGAGAUUGUGAUGAAAUUACCUGCUGAUGCCAGAUUAUUGCCAGCUUUCAAAUCCACUAUAUCGUAAACUUAAUUCACUUGUCCCGGUAGUUUCUAAGCUGAAUGGGAGCUCCUGUAUGAUGUGACUCAUUUCUAAGAGGUUAGCCACAUGUAGCUUCUAGAGACAGGAUUCUAGAUUUAGUGUGUGGCAAAAGGCCCUUGUAUCAGUCUUUGUAGAGCCUUAAGUUCCUAAGAGUUUCCUUUAUGAGAAAGUUAUACGUUUUGACUUUAACCGGAUGGCACCAAGGAGAAGAAUGGCACCUUAUUCUUCUGAAAAAGACUUCUUAUACAGCAAUUUGGGCUAAAAAAUGCAGAGGUCUUAAUGACUUGAAGUAGUGAAAAAGUGAGCAAGUCAGAGAAGUGGUUGGGAACAUGGGGGAGGUUGUGAGGAUUGGCACACUGUUCUACUUCCCGGCUUUUUCGAGAUACAUGUCUCAUUUUCCUAUUUUCUCUUGAGGACUUCUAAUUUUAGAGCAGCUUUUUGCCCUUAUUUUGUAUUUUAGGUAUCCCAGGGUGUAUCAGACUUUACUUGAAUAUACUGGAGUUUGUUAUCACCUGGUCUAUACCACAGUAAACUCAGUUUGGGGCUUCUUAAGUCACUUGUUUUAUCUUAUUUCCUAUUCACUGCCAAGUGUUACUUGUCUACACAGAACAUCUCAAGAUUGGAGGUUUCUCUCUUGCCAAAGGAGUGAUUAACAUCAGCUCUCUGUUUGGGUCUGCCAUUCUACCACACCCUGUCUAUUGUCAUCCUUCUCUUAUCACACUGUCAGGAUUAGGAUAUUCCCUAGAUAUUCAUUUCUACAACUUUCUAUGACCUCAGCCUCUCCACUUAUAUCCAGAAUAUAUAUAUAUAGAACUCUUACAACUCGAUAAUAAAAGGACAAAUAACUCAAUUUAAAAGUGGGCAAAUGAUCUGAACAGAUGUUUCUCCAAAGAAGAUAUACAAAUGAUCAAUCAGCACAUGAAAAGAUGCUCAACAUCGUUAGUCAUCUGGAAAUACAAAUCAAAACCACAAUGAAAGAAAGCACUUCUUUUGCUAGGAUGACAACAAUAAAAAAGACAGAUAAUAACAAGUGUUAACGAGGACGUAGAGAAAUUGCAGCCCUCAUACACUGCUAGUAGGGAUGUAAAAUGGUGCAGCUAUUUUGGAAAACAGUCUGGCAGUUUCUCAAGAAGUUAAACAUUAAGUUACCAUUUGAUCUAGCUAUUCUGCUCCUAGGUGUGUACUCAUGAGAAAUGAAAACAUUUGUGCCCAAAUGUUCAUAGCAGCAUUAUUCAUAAUAUCCAAAAGGUAAAAAUAACCCAAGUGUCCAUCAACUUGUGAAUAGAUAAACAAAAUGUGGCAUAUACAUAUAAUGAAAUAUUUGGCCAUAGAAAAGAAUGAAGUACUGAUUCAUACUACAACAUGGAUGAACUUUGAAAACACGUUCAUCCAUGUUCAUGUUAAGUGAAAAUCCAGUCAUAAAACACCAUGUAUUGUCUGAGUGCAUUUAUAUAAAAUGUCUAGAGUAGGCAAAUCUAUGGAGACAGACAGUAGAUUAGUGGCAGCAUAGAGAUGAGGAUGGUGAGCAUAUUGGGGAUGAUGGCUAAAGUGUAUGGGCUUUAUUUUGGGGGUGAUGUAAAUGUUCUA